CCCCGAUGCUUCGCAUCUCCGUUCGGUUUCAGGUUCGAGAAUGAAUACCAAAUCCAUAUGGAGUGUUGCGUAGAAAGUGCCAAAAGAAAAGCUAUCAUCGAUCAUACUCUAAUUCCAUCAAACACAAACUGUAGCCCCAAAUGACUAUCAAGAAUCAAUUAAUGAUGUAUUAGCAUUUUAGCAAUGACUAUUAAGAACCAAUUGAUUAUUCUUUUACCCAGCCAAAAAAUUAAAAAAAAAAGAUCACACUCUUACGGAGAAAAAUGGGAAAAACUCAUAUUUAUUAUAUGCAAGUUAAUUAUAAUCACCACUAAUACUGUGAUUAAUUAGUGGUGAGAGAAUUAAUUACAUUCUCAGUCAGACACCUAUGAGCAGGUUUGAGUGGGAAUCCAACGGUCAACUCGAAAUUCAAAUCCUUGGAAAAUGUUCUGAAGCUCUCUGUCUCUGCUCUGCUCUUGCUCAGCUGCGCCUACUCUCUCCCUUUACCUUCCAUUUGCUCUGUGAAAAGCGAGGAGAAGGAGGAGGAGGAGAACGAAGGGCAAAGGUAGCAGAGUCCUGGGUUCUCGAGCAGAGGAAAAUGGUGGCGGCUGCUGCUGCAAAGGUCUCGUACGAGGAAUGCCGUCGGAAGAGGCUGGAAGAGAAUCAGAAGAGAAUGGAAUCCCUUAACCUCCCCCAGCUCGCUCAAUCUCUCCGCAGAAGCUCUUCCCUCUCUCCCUCUCCCAGCCCCAUGAAGCAGGCUAAGCCGCGGAGGACAGUUGAGAAGCAAGUUGUUGUUGUCAGGAGGUCCGGUCGGGUUGCUAACAUGCCCGCUCCCGUUUACAAAGAAACGUUCAGCCUCCAUUCUCGAGUCGUUGUGGACAGGAUCAGCACUCCAAGAAGGUACAUGCAUGUUAGGAUUUACAAGCGGAGGGAGCCAAUAAGCAUCGUAUUUGCCUCAAAUGAAGGUAGAGAAUAUGCAAUAGAGAAGGCCAAGGAGCUGGAAUCCACCUUACAGCUUCAGUAUCCCACCUUAGUCAAGUCCAUGCUUCCUUCUCACGUCUCCGGGUGUUUCUGGCUGGGUCUUCCUGUCCAUUUCUGCAAGACAAGUCUCCCGAAGAAUGAUGGCAUGAUCACUUUGGUUGAUGAAGAGGGAGAAGAGUUCCCAACUGUGUAUUUGGCACGAAAGACGGGACUUAGCGGUGGGUGGAAAGGGUUCUCGGUGGCUCACGAACUGAAUGAUGGGGAUGCCUUGGUUUUUCAAGUUAUUCAACCCACCGUGCUGAAGGUCCACAUUAUAAGGGUGAGCAGUUAUGAUGAGGGUGAAAAGUUCUAAUUGAAUACGGCGUGGCUCAAAUUUCAAGUGGAAUGGUCUUAGGUUGCCACUGGAGGUUCAUCUGCUCAAGAAAGUUUCUGCUAUUAUCAAAGGGGAAGCAUUAACAGUGAUUUGGAGAAUUUUGAUUAGUUUGUUCAUAAGUAGGCAAUUCUGGCUUGUUAUCAGCUUUUCAGUGGAAUCAUAUGUUUUUGGCAGUGUACGGGUGCACAUUUUGCUCUUUUUUGUUAUGUAUUGGCGGAUGAAAAUAUGCCGGAAACGCCUGUUUAUCUUGAUGAACCAGCUUGCUCUUCAUUGAACUCAUCGAAAAGAAUACAAAGAAAUGCCCAUUUAUCAUUAUUGA